AGGCUGCAAUGCCUCCCAUAUUUCUAUUUAGCAGGCAUGCCCAAGUGCGGUACCACAAACCUGUUCACCAGCUUGAUACGUCACCCGGAUAUAUCGCGAAUGUCUCGAGGUCAACACUGGAUUACUCGAGAUCGCUUUCAAGGUAAAUUACUUAAAUAUUUACAUCAAAAACAAACCUUUGAAUGGUGGACAGGUGACAAUUUCAUCGUUGAAACUUGGAAUACUACUACCAGAAGUGCGGAUAGUAAAUUAAUACCAGAUAUAAUUGAUUCUAUAGGUGAUGGAACGGUUUCCACUUUUUGGGAUUACUCUAAUUGGCCAUUUAUUUCUGGUAAUGAAAAUUGCUCGGAACCAAGAAUAACGAAUCCUUAUUUAGUUCAUCAUCUUAAUCCAGAUUCCAAAAUAAUUGUCAUGUUCCGUAACCCAACUGAUAGAGCUUAUUCAGACUUUCUGUAUUUUGAUGGAACGAAAAACACCACAGUUGAAGAAUUUCAUGAGUAUUGUUAUAAAUCAAUCAAAAUAAUCAAAAAAUGUAUGGCGAAAUUUGGAGAUCGUUACUGUAUAUUUAACAGUGCAAUCACAGAUCAAAUGAAAGUUCGUCUUCAUAUUGGUUUGUAUUCUGUCUUUAUGAAAGAAUGGCUGAAUGUUUUUAACAGAGACCAAAUUUUGGAUAUCAGACUUGAGGAACUUUCGGAAAAUCCUGGAGCAGUUCUUAUUGAAGUUUUUGAUUUCCUUAGCGUAGCACCAUUGUCACCUAAACAACUAGUAGAAAUUCUAUCAUCUGAAAACAAAAACGAGGGCAGAAGAAAACUACGUAUGAGUGAUAUGUUACCAGAAACCAGAGAUCUGCUCAAUGACUUUUAUUCAUUUUAUAAUAGAGAAAUGGCUUUACUCAUGAACGACGUACACUAUACAUGGUGA